AUGGCCGAGCCUUCGCGCAAGAACAUGCCCUACGUGCGUUUGGGCAAGUCGGGCUUGAAGGUGUCCAAUAUCAUCUUGGGAUGCAUGUCGUACGGAUCUCCGGAAUGGCAAGACUGGUUGCUCGAGGAGAAGGAGGGGAUAGAACACAUCAAAUACGCCUACGAGCACGGUAUCAACGCCUUUGACACCGCGAAUGUGUACAGCAACGGUCGCAGCGAAGAAAUUCUGGGCAAGGCUAUCAAAGAGAUCAACAUGAACCGCGACGAGAUUGUCGUCAUGACCAAGCUGUAUGGUACCGUCUCCCGCAACGGUGGGCCCGUUCUGCGCUUGUCGCCGACCGAAGCCGAUCAGGCUGGCUACGUGAAUCAGCACGGGCUCUCGCGCAAGCACAUCUUUGAGAGUGUUGAGCACUCGCUGCGUCGUCUCGGCCUGGACUACGUCGACCUCUUGCAGUGCCAUCGGUUUGAUCCGGACACACCAAUCGAGGAAACUAUGCAGGCUCUGCACGACGUCGUCAAGAGCGGCAAGGUUCGGUACAUCGGCAUGAGCAGCUGCCACGCCUGGCAAUUCCAUAUCAUGCAAAACUACGCCAUCGCAAACAAGCUCACGCCUUUCAUCACGAUGCAGAACCACUACAAUCUCGUUUAUCGUGAGGAAGAGCGCGAGAUGAUGCCGACCCUGAACCACUUUGGCGUUGGGUGUAUCCCCUGGUCUCCGCUGGCGCGCGGUCUACUUACGCGCCCGCUCUCGCAAGACACGAAACGUGGUGGGACGGACGCCUGGGUGAAAGGCUACGGCGCUGCGGGCACUGAAGCCAUCGUAGGACGCUGCGAGGAAGUCGCGAAGAAGCUCGACCUCACGAUGGCGCAGGUCGCGCUGGGCUGGGUAAUGGCGAAGACUGAUGCGCCGAUCGUGGGCACGACGAGCCUGAAGAAUCUUGAGGACCUCAUCGGUGCUGUGAACGUCAAACUUAGUGAGGAGGACAUCAAGUAUCUCGAAGAGCCGUAUGCCCCUCGUGGAGUCUUCGGCCACGUUUGA